AUGUCAGAGGCAUCGUUGGAGCAGAAGCUGCCCGCGCAGGAUAUCUCCUCAGAAAAGCACAAUGCUGACGAACCAUACGUCGAUAAUGAAACUGCUAUCAUCGCCAAGGACUGGGAUGAGAGUGAAGAAGCCUCUGUGAAACGCAAAAUUGAUUUCAUUCUAUUGCCCUGUCUUGCCCUCGCCUUCUUCGCUCUUCAACUGGAUCGGGGCAACAUUGGCUCUGUUUUGACUUCGACUUUCACCAAGGAUCUCAAGAUUACCACAAAUCAAGUCAACGUUGGAUCCCAGCUUCUAUCUGCCGGAAUUGUCCUAUCAGAAAUUCCAUCCAACAUUAUUCUGCAACGUGUUGGGCCCCGUUUAUGGCUUUCCGGUCAAAUAUUUGCAUGGGGUAUGGUCGCAACCUUCCAAUGCUUUGUCAAUUCCUAUGGGGCAUAUCUAGCAACAAGAAUCUUGCUCGGUCUCUGUGAAGGUGGUUUUAUUCCUGGUGCUAUCUACUAUCUAUCCACCUGGUAUAAGAAAGAUGAGACCAGUCUCCGGACUAGCCUGUUCUUCUACGGUCAGAUGUUUGCUGCAGCUACAUCACAGUUGAUUUCAGCUGGUUUGCUACAACUCCAUGGCAAGGCUGGUUUCCAAGGAUGGCGUUGGAUUUUCCUUGUCGAGGGUCUUAUUACCAUUUUCAUCGGAAUUGUUUUCACACUUUUUGUACCUCCCAAAGCUGGUGAUGGUCGUGCCUUGGUCAGCCUUGGUCGCUGGAGCUACUUCAACGAACGUGAAUCCCACAUCAUCGUCAACCGUGUCCUCCUCGAUGAUCCACGUAAAGCUCGCGGCCACAUCCAGAUCUCAGGAUCCGAUAUCUGGAAGACAGUCAAGCAGCCACGCAUUAUACAGCACUUUUUGGUCACUCUCGUCUCCAUGUCCGGUUUCCAGGGUCUGGCUCAAUAUACACCUACCCUGAUCAAGUCUUUGGGAUUCACUUCUGUUCGUGCAAACGCAUUAGCAUCUGUUCCUAUUUACUGUGGUAUCAUCUGGAUGACAAUUCUCUCCGUUGGAUCUGAUUGGACGGGUCACCGUGGACCAUUUGUCUUGAUUUCUAUUACAUGGAAUCUCAUCUCAUACGCUUGUCUACGAACAAUGCCUCGCACAGACGGCCAGUGGCACAAAUACGGCGUUAUCGUCGUCGCCAAUAUCUCUUAUUGCAGUAUGCACAUUCUUAAUAUCGGCUGGCUAUCAUUUUACUGCAAAACACCCCAAGAGCGAAGUGUUGCUAUGGCAAUUGUUGUUAUGGGCGCCAAUCUUGCUGGAAUUGCCGGCUCUCAGAUUUUCCGUUCUGCGGACGCACCUAAGUAUUUGAAGGGUCUAACGGCAAUCACGGCUCUUGCUGCUGCUUCUUGGGUCAUUACUGCUUCUCUUGGUGUGCAAUAUUUCUUGAUCAGACGCAAGGCUGCUCAAAAGGGCUCGGUCUAA